AUGGCUUACCAUCAUAGUAACGAGAUUCUGGAGAGGAUGUAUACUCUCAAGCUCACAGCACUCUCUAAUGCCCAGAAUUAUGAGUUCUUCUCUCUCCCCACCCACCAGAGGUUGGACGUGGCUGAUCUGCUGCCCGGUGACAUCUGGCACAUCAUCUUCCGCCACCUGCUGGCACAUCAUUCUCCGGAGAAACGGAGUGACACCUCUGGUGCAUCGCAGCAGCGAGCACGCAACACCUCGAACGCCACAGCUCGUCUGUUUCCUGCCAGCACGGAGCAGCAUGCGAAGGCAUUGAGGCGCUUCGGCCCCUCCUGGCCGCUGCUGCGCUACGCCGUGGCCAGCAAGAGGCUACUCCUCCAUGCCAUCUCCUUUUCCGUGAGUCAUCUCAUCAUCGAGCUCGAGUCCAAGACCCUCCGAUUCAACGCUCAAGACCCCUGGUGGUCAGGCAUGCUCUAUUUCUUCCUGCGUCGUGCAGCUCACACGUCCCUUGAUCUCACUCUCAACGCCUCCCAAGAUCUGGACUGCCUCGGCCGUCUCUCACUCUCAACGCCUCGCAAGCCUGGGCCUUGGAAUCAAGGAACCUCCGGGGGGGAAAGAGCCAAUCAUCAAGGAGAGGCACGUGAUGCAUCCGGCCUUUCUGGAGGAGUUUCAGUAGUUGCAGCGGCUGAAUGCGACGAGAAUGAUUUGUCCUUCCUCUCAUCCGUCGCACCGCAGCUGCGUGAAAUCGCUCUCGCCUCCUCCAGCCAUGGCUCUGGCACUCUCACCCUCGAUUUCAAGUUCACUGCCGUUCGAACCAUCACGCUCUGCUUUGAGAAACAAGCGCUGCACCUCCGCUACGCCCUGCCUGCCUCUCUAAAGGCCUUCUCUGCCACUGCGGCGUCCCUUAACGUGGAUUGCACUUCCUCCAGCCCUCCCUCUCUCGACUCGCUCUCUCUCGUUGGCUACUCGCAGCUCCUCGUUUCCUCGCUCCCAUUGGCUGCCGCAAAAUCCGUCUAUCUGAACGGGGCAAUCACCCGAGCAAAUCGCUGGCGUGCGUUUCCCUCUUCCGAUGAUGCCUCUCAACUCGCCUUGACCCACCUGCUUAGCAGCAUAGCGUUUACAGUGGAGACGCUUAAAACGAGGUACGGCUGGCCGCUGGAGGGCGUGCGUGUGGAGUGGAGCCAGCUGCGGCACCUCAUCGUUGAUUGUGUCAUAGCAGUGGCAUGGGGUCAGAUUGUGUCAUAG